CAAAAACUUUACCAACUAAACCGGAACUCUCCCUUAGUUUAUUGCCGGAGUUAACACUUCAGUACUUAACAGGCUUUCAGCAUUCGCGAGCGAGAAUUACCCAUCUUCGGUCCAGUGAGGAGAUUGAAAAAACUAGUCGUUAGAAGUGGUAACGUCUACUAAAUUUGAAACUUCUAAAGGUCGCUAAAAGAUUUCCUUUUCCCAUUUCCACCUCCCUCGGUCAAUCAAUCAAGAAAAAGAUUCAAGUUUUCUAAAUUCGUACAUUUUUCGAACUCCAUUUUUAGGGCUUCUGAUAGAAACUUCUUGUUCAAACACCUGGAGGCCGGCAUAGCCAUUUUCUCUGCUGUCACAGUCCCAUAUCCUACGUUGCAAGCUGCCUUGAGACAAUACACACAGCUCGUGACUCCUCUGUUCAGUUGGAUUUCGAAGAAGUAUUUGCAAAAGUUGCAGUUUUGGGACCUAAUGGCACCUACUCCGGCCAAAUCGAAUCAGACUCAUUUCGGAAAUCUGAAAACACCUCAAUCCAAACACCGCCUCAACUUGUGUAGGCCAUCACCGAACCCCAACUCAGCAGCUGCGAAAGAAGCUCUUCCAGCCGAGCAUCCGGUGGAAGUCGUUGGGCGGAUCCGCGACUACCCAGAUCGGAAAGAUAAACCUCAACCUGCGGUGAAGUUGAAUGGAGACAGUCAAUCAUUGAGGGUUAAGACUGAAAUAGGGUACAGAGACUUUCAACUUGAUGGAGUUUCGUUAUCAGAAGAAGAAAAUCUCGAUGUUUUUUACAAGAAAUUCGUUCAGGCAAGGAUAAACGGGGUGAAAUUGGGGUCUAACUGUACUAUUAUGAUGUAUGGCCCUACUGGUUCCGGUAAGAGUCACACCAUGUUUGGUAGCUCCAAGCAGCCUGGAAUUGUGUACCGAUCAUUGAAGGAUAUAUUGGGAGAAGGGGAUGAAGAGAGUGCAGAGAAUCGUGUGAUUGAGAGAGCAGGGACUUUCAUUCAGGUCACUGUCUUGGAAAUAUAUAAUGAGGAGAUUUAUGAUCUCUUGGCCACUAAUAAUGCUGGAGGAUUUGGCUUUGGAUGGCCUAAAGGCAAUGCUUCCAAGGUAAGGUUGGAAAUCAUGGGGAAAAAGGCUAAAAAUGCAACUUUUAUUUCGGGAAAUCAAGCAGGGAAGAUAUCAAAAGAGAUCCAGAGUGUAGAAAAGAGAAGGAUUGUUAAGAGCACUCUAUGUAAUGAGAGAAGUUCAAGAAGCCAUUGCAUGAUAAUUCUUGAUGUUCCAACAGUUGGAGGACGGCUUAUGCUAGUUGACAUGGCAGGUUCUGAAAAUAUAGAACAAGCUGGUCAAACUGGUUUUGAAGCCAAAAUGCAGACUGGUAAGAUAAAUCAGGGGAAUAUUGCACUGAAGAGGGUUGUUGAAUCCAUUGCUAAUGGAGACUCUCAUGUGCCAUUUAGAGACAGCAAGUUGACCAUGCUUUUACAGGACUCAUUUGAAGAUGACAAGUCGAAAAUUUUAAUGAUUUUAUGUGCCAGCCCAGAUCCAAAGGAGCUGCACAAGACCAUCUCAACUCUUGAAUAUGGCGCAAAAGCGAAAUGCAUAGUCCGUGGUCCUUCCACGCCAAUCAAAGAAAAGGGUGCUGAUGAAGCCACAUCAGCAGUUGUUCUGGGAUCACGAAUUGCAACCCUUGAUCAGUAUAUAUACAAACUACAGACUGAAAACAAGCUCCGGGAAAAGGAGAGGAAUGAAGCUCAAAAGGAGCUAGGGAGGAAAGAGGAAGAAAUUUAUGCACUGAGGGCUAAACUGGAAAUUGCAGCAAGCGGCCGGACGGAGGUUGACAUUAAGGUAAAGGAGCGGAGCACAAUUCUGAAUAGUGAGUUAGAAAAGAAGAUACAAGAGUGCCAGGAAAUGGCAAACAAAUUCGUUGAAAUGGAAAGGAAAAGGAUGGAAGAACGAAUUCUUCAACAGCAACAAGAGGUUGACAUGCUAAGAAGGCGCCUGGAAGAGAUAGAGUUUGCUCUCUGCUAUGCUAAGGGUAGAAGUAGAUCAGCAGAAAGCAGCUUUGCAGAAAGAAUACUGGAGGCCUAUCCUGAUGAUUCAGAUAUGGUAAAGUCUAUGGACUUGUCCAAGUCUUAUGAUUUAGAAACAACAAAACAAGAUAAUGUUAACGCAAUUUUGAGCUAUAACAACAAUGCCACCAUUCCAAUUGUUGCUGUUGAAGAAGACCUCAUCGCUGAGAUAGGGCCGAUGUUGGCAAGAAAGAAUUGUUUAAGUACAGUAUACGAGGAGGAGGAGGAAGAAGAUGGAGAUGAUAAGAGAAGCUACACUGAUGAUGAGGUGCAAAAAGAGGUUGAGGUGCAAAUAUGUCGCCCAACCACAAUCUUGGAUAUGCCGGUUUCGUUAUGCCACUUAGGCAAGCUCUUGGAAGAAGAAAACCCAUCUUUAUUUAGGGAUACAAAUGGAAAUGAGGAGGGUUCAGUCUUCUUUAGGGAAAGAAGAAUUCAAAACAUAUUCACUCUCUGUGGAAACUACAGGCAAAUGUCUGUAGAUAAGACAUUUCAGGAGGAUUCUGCUACAAGAAGUGCUGCCUCAAAGGAUUUUUUAUUGUCAGUUAAUCCGAAAUCUCAACUUAAAUCAGCUGACAAGAAUCUGAAAUUAGCCACAGCAAAUCAUUCGAAUGAGAACUUUAACCCUUCAUCAGAUGAAAAUGCUGGGGAUCCAACAUGUGCUCAAGUGCCUAAAGCACAGGAGGCCCGACCAUCACCAAACAAGCUCCCAACUUACAACAGUCAAUUACACAUAUCACAAAUACCCUUCAGCCAAGUACAGAAUUUACUUCCAGUUGAUAGCUUUUGAGUCAGAAUAAAUCAGCAUGCCCCCAUUUUGGGUUUUUAAGCGUUUGGUGCUUUUACAGUGUUCAUUUGUAUGUUAGUAAAACGUGUAAUCAAUUCUCUGAUUUUUUAUAGCAUCACUGUUCUUCUAACUCUUUUUUUGUUGAGAAAACUGAGUAUGCCCCAUGCUUAUAUGUCCUUUAAGUUGUGACUUUAUUGGACCGAAAGAUAAAACCAAGAUAUUGAGUCUUGAGAGUUUUUU